AUGACCAUGGGCAAGGUAAUAGAAGACAGGAACUUCCAAGGUCGCGACUGCUCUGAGCUCACCUCCUUCCUCAGUCGCUGCAACUCAUGCAAGGUGGAGAGUGGCUGCUUCAUGGUCUAUGACCGGCCGUCUAACUUCAUGGGAAACCAGUACAUUGUGAAGAGAGGGGAGUACUCUGACUACCAGCGUACGUGCAUGAGUGACUGCAUCAGGUCCUGCCGUGUGAUUCCUAUGCACACGGUAAAAAUCUGUGAGACAGAGAACUUCGGAGGCGAGAUGCACGAGCUGAUGGACGACUGUAACAACAUGAUUGAUUUUAAGCAGAUUUCCGACUGCCAGUCCUGCAAUGUGAUGGAUGGCCACUGGCUGAUGUGUGAGCAGCCCCACUACAGAGGCAGGCAGAUGUACCUGAGGCCUGGAGAAUAUAGGAACUUCAGGAAGAUGGGAAUGAGCAACAUGAUGAGAAUCAACUCUAUGAGGCGUCUUAUGGAUUAA